CUUUUAGCGUCCGUGGGCGGGGCGGGCGAGCUGCGCCUGCGCGAGCUAUUGGCGCCAAGAUGGCGAUGGAGAUGAGACUUCCUGUGGCUCGUAAACCGCUCAGUGAAGCCCUGGGCCGCGAUACUAAGAAACACCUGGUGGUGCCGGGGGACACGAUCACUACAGACACGGGCUUCAUGCGGGGCCAUGGGACGUACAUGGGGGAAGAGAAGCUCAUUGCAUCUGUGGCUGGCUCAGUGGAGAGAGUAAACAAGCUGAUCUGUGUGAAAGCCUUGAAAACCAGGUACAAUGGUGAAGUAGGAGACAUUGUAGUGGGGAGAAUCACAGAGGUUCAGCAGAAGCGGUGGAAGGUGGAUACCAACUCCAGGCUGGAUUCAGUCUUGCUCCUCUCAUCCAUGAACCUCCCAGGAGGAGAGCUGAGGAGAAGAUCCGCAGAGGACGAGCUGGCCAUGCGUGGCUUCCUGCAAGAAGGGGACCUCAUCAGCGCGGAGGUCCAGGCAGUGUUCUCCGACGGAGCUGUCUCUCUGCACACGAGGAGCCUGAGAUACGGAAAACUCGGCCAGGGUGUGUUGGUGCAGGUCUCCCCCUCCCUGGUGAAGCGGCAGAAGACCCACUUCCACGACCUGCCCUGUGGUGCCUCCGUGAUCCUGGGUAACAAUGGCUUCAUCUGGAUCUACCCGACCCCAGAGCACAAAGAUGAGGAUGCGGGGGGCUUCAUCGCGGAUCUGGAGCCUGUGUCAUUGGCCGAUCGAGAGGUGAUUUCUCGACUCCGGAACUGUGUCGUCUCCUUGGUCACUCAGAGGAUGAUGCUGUACGACACCAGCAUUCUGUACUGCUAUGAGGCAUCCCUUCCACACCAGAUCAAAGAUAUCCUAAAGCCAGAAGUCAUGGAGGAGAUUGUGCUGGAAACUCGCCAGAGGCUUUUAGAGCAGGAGGGAUGAGGAGAGGCCUCUUCGAGGGGACUGUGUGCCUCACUGGAGUGGGUCUGGGAAGUGGAGGGUCCCCUGCAGCCCAGGCAGGAUCCGACGGACUCGUGACUCGCUGUUUGAGGUGGAGCGACUGGCCCCAGCCCCCAGCUCCAGCUGGGCCUGCUUUCUCCCAUUGCUGGACCCUGGGGUGAGCAGUGCUCUGGCCCCUGAGGCCUGGCAGGCCCUAGCAGAAAAAGGUGAUCUCAGGUCUCAUGAUGCAUGCAAGGUGUCCCAGCCAAUGGCUUCCUCUCCUGGAACAAUGCAGAGCAUCGUUGUCUUCCCUCCACUCCUAACUUUUUUUUUUUUUUUUUGUCUUUUUGAGACAAGAGUCUCACUAUGUAGUCCAGGCUGGCCUUGAGCUCACUUUGUAGCCCAGGCUGGCCUCAAACUCAUAGCAAUCCCGCUGCCUCAGCCUCCUGAGCACUGGGAUUACAGGUCUGAGCCACCAUGCCAGGCUAAAGACAGAUUUAGGGAUUUUUUUUUUUUUUUUUUUUUUGGUCUUUUUGAGACAGGGUCUCAUAUGUGGUUCAGGCUGACCUUGAGCUCACUUUGCAGCCCCUGCUGGUCUCAAACUUGCCAAGAUCCUCCUGCCUCAGCCUCCCGAGUGCUGGGAUUACAGGCAUGUAAUCCCUGUGAGGCCCCCCUGGUGGAGAAUGUGGCAUCCCUGACCUCGAGAUGGUCUCCACACCUCCUCCUCCAAGGCGCAGAUGUGACACAGAGGAAACAGUUGGUGAAGCUACCCCAGCAGUCACGUGGGAGAAUAAAGCUACCCGCAGCCUCUG